GGUAGGCUUUGUGACCUUGGCUCUUGAGGUUGUGUCUUUCUCAAAGAUCAUGUCCUGCCCUAAGCAGUAAGGAAUCUCAUUUGCUGCUCUUCCCUCGGUGGUUUAGGCUUGUGUAUUGUAAGGAAGAAGGAUCGAGGUGAAACUCUCGCUCCACAGUGUUGACUAUUCUUCUCCCACAGACUGGCACAAGGGAGAGCGACACUUGAAUAUGUGGUGAGAUGUGUGAAGAGCAUGACAAUGGAUGCAAACACCCUGGUCUUACUCUUCCAGAAGAAAAAGGGAAAACCGAACCUGAAUGUCCCCUGAAAGUGAAGAAAUGUCCACACUUCUAUGUGCAGAUUGUGGACCUUUGGAAUCUACAUUCAACAUUUGAUACUGUGUGUGACUCCUGAUGAACACACUGAAGAUACAUGAUGUCCAGUAAUUUUUACUGGGGAUAAUACCUACAACAUACAUAAGAUGAUGUUAUUAAAAUACAUUUAAAAUUACACAAGACAUUUUAAAAUUAUUUAAGAUAA